AGUCGGCAAAGGCUCAGUGAAGCAGGAAGGGUGGAACUGCGCAAGGAGAAGUUUGGGAAAGGGGAAAACCAGCCCGGGAUUGACACGGACACGGACACGGACACGGACACACACCCCACACCCCACACCCCUUCCUUCCCUGCUUCUCUCCCCCUCCGAUUGUUAAGACUGACCGAAGGGUCCCUGAGCAUAUUUGGAAAGGCUGGCACUUAACGCUGAGGAUCGGCAACGGUUCAAACCACAAAGCGCCAAGCCGCAGCCUUGUUGCGAUCCUUCAUCACCAGCUGAUGCGGGCUGCACUUCGGCGUCUGAAUCCGGAUGGGGGUCCCGGUAGCCCAACUGGGGCUUCUGUCCACAGCGGUCGUCCUGUUGCUGCGUGGAGGAUGCGCAGGCUCCCAUUCUUUGCGCAUUUUCUACACAUUGGUUAUGGGCUCCAGCCAGGAUCUGCCCUACUACAUUGUGGUGGCAUAUGUGGACGACCAGCUCGCUGCACGUUUUGAUCCCCGCGCAAGACGAAUGUUACCCCAAGUGUCCUGGCUUCAUAAAAUGGAGGAGGAGGAGGAGGAAGACUCCCCCCAUUUCUGGGAUCUGACAUCACGGAGAGUGAGCACCACGGAGCGGCGGUUCAAAACUGACCUCGCCAUCUUGCACAGCUACCACAACUCCAGCAGAGGGUUUCACAGCUGGCAGCGCGUGAUCGGCUGUGAUCUGAGCAAAGAUGGCCACAAGACCGGAGUUUACCAGUAUGGCUACGAUGGAGAAGACUUCAUCAGCUUGAAUCAAAAGACUCUCACCUGGACCGCGGUUGAUAUCCGCGCUCAAGUGACCAAGAGGAGGUGGGAAGCGGAGCCUUUUAUCGCCCAGAGCAGGAAUAACUUUUUGGAGCAGGAAUGUAUCCAGCUGCUUCAGAAGUGCAUGGUGUAUGGAAAGGAAUCACUGCUGAGGAAAGAGCCCCCAUUGGUGAAGGUAACUCGCAGGAUCCAGUACAACAGUAUGGAGACCCUCAUCUGCCGAGUCUACGGCUUUUAUCCCAAAGAGAUGGAUGCCACCUGGAGGAAGGAUGGGGAAGUCUGGGAGCAGGACACCUUCCGGGGUGGUGUCCUUCCAAACUCAGAUGGGACCUACCAUGCCUGGCUGAGCAUCGAGGUUGACCCGAAGGAGAGAGACCGCUAUCGGUGCUAUGUGGACCAUGCCGGGCUGCCAGAGCCUCUGAUCGUGGCCUGGAAGGAGCCUGUCUUUGUGCCCAACAUGGGGCUCGUGGCUGCAGUCGUUGGAGUUGUGGUGGUCACAGUCUUCAUUGCUGUUGGAGCGACUGUCUACGUCAAAAAAUGUGGCAGAAACGCAUACAGAACAGCUUCAGCCAGCAUACAGGAUUUUGGAAGUCCUCCAGUGACGCUGACAGCAGAUCCAGCUGAAGACAAUUCAAAAUGGGUGGACCCUCGCUUCCAGAGAUCUGAGAGGCGAUGCCAGCAGAAGGAAGAGUGGGGCAGGCCUGGAUAAAUGCUGAGUCAUGGAGCCACACCCCACAGCCUAUAUAAAGGACCUGCUUUUGGCAUUCCAAUCUAUUUAUUUGCGCAGGACUGGACUAGAAUUUUAAAUUUUGAAUUUGGUUUUAACGGGGUUUUAUUAUUUUUAUUCCUAUUUUUAAAUAUUCGGCCUUAUUUAAUAAGUUUUUUAAUUGAUGUUUUAUUCUGUAUUUAUAUGUAUGUUUUUUACCAGGCUGUACACCGCCCUGAGUCCCUUGGGAGAUAGGGCGGUAUAAAAAUGUGAAUAAAUAAAUAAAUAAAUAAAUAAAACAUAUGAAGAACGGUUGCAGGAACUCGGUAUGCCUAGUUUAAUGAAAAGAAGGACUGGGGGAGACAUGAUAGCAGUGUUCCAAUAUCUCAGGGGUUGCCACAAAGAAGAGGGAGUCAAACUAUUCUCCAAAGCACCUGAGGGUAGAACAAGAAGCAAUGGGUGGAAACUGAUCAAGGAGAGAAGCAACUUGGAACUAAGGAGAAAUUUCCUGACAGUUAGAACAAUCAGUAAGUGGAACAACUUGCCUGCAGAAGUUGUGAAUGCUGCAACACUGGAAAUUUUUAAGAAAAUGUUGGAUAACCUGAAGUCUGAAGUGAUUUAGGGUUUCCUGCAUAAGCAGAGGUUGGACUACACCAGUGGUAGUCAACCUGGUCCCUACCGCCCACUAGUGGGCACUCCAGCUUUCAUGGUGGGCGGUAGGGGUUUUGUCCGAUACUGAAGCACUUUCCUUCUUUUAAAUUUAAUUGACUUUUAAAAAAAAAAUUCAUAGCAUUAUUUAAAAACAUUUUCAUUAGGUUUUCAUAAAAUUCCUGAACUUUCUGAAAAUAUACUAUUUGUAUCACCCGCGCAUAAAUUUAGUUCACGUUACGUAAGUGAAACUAAAUGGCGCUAUAGUGCAACUGCAAACAAAAGAGCCUUGUCCCAGAAUAGCUCGUGCAUCUCCCCCCUCCCCCGAACCGGUGGGCGGUUAGAAAAUUUUAUUACUAACAGAGAUACAAAAGUGGGCGGUAGGUAUAAAAAGGUUGACUACCCCUGGACUAGAAGAACUCCCAGGCCCCUUCCAACUCUGUUAUUCUAUUCUAUUUUUUAUUUAUUUAUUUGAAUUUAUAUCCCGCCCUUCUCCGAAGACUCAGAGCAGCUUACAUUGUGUUAAGCAAUAGUCUUCAUCCAUUUGUAUACUAUAUACAAAGUCAACUUUUAUUGCCCCCAACAAUCUGGGUCCUCAUUUUACCUACCUUAUAAAGGAUGGAAGGCUGAGUCAACCUUGGGCCUGGUGGGACUUGAACCUGCAAUAUUGCAAGCAGUUGCUGUUAAUAACAGGCUGCAUUAGCCUGUUGCGCCACCAGAGGCACCAUAAUUAUCCAUUGAAGUCUGUGUUUGUCUUGAUUGGUUGCAGUGCCAAACCAGACAGUGUUAGAAGUGCAGAUGACAGACUCAAUAAUGCACACACAUUCUGUGGGACUCCUUUUCCUAGUUUCCUUCAAGUUCUAGUCAGUAGGAACAAACGAAAUAUAAGAGCUACCAGAUUCUGAAAUUCAUUUCCCCCUUUCUUUCUCUCUCUGGCUCUUGUAGCCCAGAGCUGGACAAAGUCCAGCCAAUGAAACUGUUGUGUGCAUUGAAACAUUGGGGAAAGUAAGAACUCAUUGUUUCCCACCCCACCCAAAAAAAAAUCAACUCCAGAAAUCAUACCAACAGAGUAGAUCUCAAAUGUAGUUUCUAAAACUGCAGAAAAAAUAAUUGCUACCAACCUACCUUCCAUUGAGGACCUAUAUACUGCACGAAUCAAAAAGAGGCUUUGAAAAUAUUUACAGACCCCUCACAUCCUGGACAUAAACUGUUUCAACUCCUACCCUCAAAAUAACGCUACAGAGCACUGCGUACCAGAACAACUAGACACAAGGACAGUUUUUUCCGGAACGCCAUCACUCUACUAAACAAAUAAUUCCCGCAACAUUGUCAAACUAUUGACUAAAUCUGCACUACUAUUAAUCUUCUCAUCGUUCCCAUCACCCAUCUUCUUCCACUUAUGACUGUAUGACUGUAACUUUGUUGUUUGUAUCCUUACGAUUUAUAUUGAUAUUUUGCUUUAUAUUGAUAUUGGUCAUUUCCUGAUUGCUUAUUUGUAGCCUAUGACUAAUAUUAAGUGUUGUAUCAUUAAGUGUUAAAUUUGUACCCUAUGACUAUCAUUAAGUGUUGUAAAUGUUGUACCUUGAUGAAGGUAUCUUUUCUUUUAUGUACACUGAGAGCAUAUGCACCAAG